AUGGCAACCCAAGUCUUGGCACAGUUUGCUCAAGCAGUCCUCCAGGAUGACAGAAGUCAUUUGAAAGCACAUGCUGCCUUUUCAUCUCCAGAUCCUACAGCAAACAUCUUCCUCUGUCUGUGCAGGAGCCCUGUCCUGGUUUUCCAGUGCAACCACCGUCAUGUGAUUUGCUUAGACUGCUUUCAUUUGUACUGUGUGACAAGACUCAACGACCGGCAGUUUGUCCAUGAUGCUCAGCUAGGCUAUUCCCUGCCUUGUGUGGCUGGCUGUCCCAACUCCUUGAUUAAAGAGCUCCAUCACUUCAGGAUUCUUGGAGAAGAGCAGUACAACCGGUACCAGCAGUAUGGUGCUGAAGAGUGUGUGCUGCAGAUGGGGGGUGUGCUGUGCCCCCGUCCUGGCUGUGGAGCAGGGCUGCUGCCUGAACAGGGCCAGAGGAAAGUCACCUGUGAAGGGGGUCAUGACCUGGGCUGUGGGUUUGUCUUUUGUCGGGACUGUAAAGAAGCGUACCACGAAGGGGAAUGCAGCAUGCUCUACGAAGCCUCUGGAGCAGCCUCUCAGGCCUACAGAGUUGAUGAACGAGCCGCAGAGCAAGCUCGAUGGGAAGAGGCCUCCAAGGAAACCAUCAAAAGAACCACCAAGCCUUGUCCUCGCUGCAAUGUACCUGUUGAAAAAAAUGGAGGAUGCAUGCAUAUGAAGUGCCCGCAGCCCCAGUGCACUGAGUGGUGCUGGAACUGCGGCUGUGAGUGGAACCACUGCAUGGGCGACCACUGGUUUGACGUGUAGCGGGUGCAACAGGGUACCAACCCCUGGCCGAGCCACCCUGGUGGGAACAUGUAGUGCCUCACCUUCAUUUGUCCCUCUUCUUCCAAAUACAUAUACUCACACACGCACACACACACACACACACGCACACGGGCUACAAGUUCCUUCCAAAAUCACAAAAGCCAAAUUACAGAAGCUCCCAGAUCCAUUUUACUGCAUCCACGAAGAAGAGCAGACAGUUCUGACACCAGCAAGAGGGUCUUUCAGGCCUCAAAAUGAUGCCAACAGCAGAGCACAGCUCAACGUGCAGCUCUGUAUUUGGUAAAGAUCACUGUCCUUGCAAGAAUUCAAGUCAGGCAGGAUCAGCCCAUGGAGAGAGGUUUCCCAGGCUUAAUCUCCUGCAUUUUACUCUCAUAAAUACUGGCAAGGAGCCCCUGGCGAGGCAGGAAGUAGUUUGCUGGGGUUCCCUGCAAGAUGGGCUGCUGUGGAUCCUUAGGACUACAGCCACGGCUUGAAGAGCCCUGCUCUUAUUUAAUUUUCAUCUAUCCCCAGCGAGCCCCAGCAGUAGUCAAGAAUAUCCGUUUAGCCCCAAGUGUUCGAUCUUUAUAAAUCAUGCUGGUGAAGUACUGGUGAUGCGUUCUCCAACUCCAUGAGAGAUUAUGGAAGCUAAUCAGAAUGUUGGUUUUUAAAUUACAG